GAACGCCCUUCUUCUCCACACUGACUUGCCUGUGAAUCACAUUUUCCACCUUCAGACUGGAGCCUCUCUCCGAAGCAACACAUGCAGCAGCUCGACAACUUUUCUUUCCCCCUAGAAAAAGAGAGAGUGGAUCUGGUGCGCAACCAAAACGGCACGAUCGAUCAACCGACUGAUUGGAAAGUUUGUUUUGAAGACUUUCUCCUCAAGUUUUUCAAGUUUUUCAGAACUUUAUGGUUGAUAAUGAGCGAGUAUCGAACUAGUGGCAUUGCUCUGUCACUUUGUAAUCCUCCAGCCCCGAUGGAGCCGUAUAAGUUAGCGCGUGUCCGCCCUGAUCUAUGGAAAGCCAGUUAUUGAUUGCCUAUAUCGAGUAUUGAUCCGUAUAGGCUCCUGACAUGGAUCUACAGGUGAUCGUCUGGGUGCUGUACUGCUUUUUGAUGCCCACCGCGCUGUUAACAGCUUCUCUUUUUCGCUACAACAUCCUGUCACUGGUUCACUUCCUCUACCUGCUGCUACUGCCCUGGUUCCUGAGUCCCAACAAGCACACAAUCAGAGGUCACACAGGACAGUUUAUCAGAGUGGUUUUCUGCACCAGUCUACUAUUUGUACUGGCUCAUAUCUGCUUCCAGACAGUACUAUACACAUAUCCUCCUCUCAACAUUGCCAUAGGUGAUAACUGUUCACAAUGGGACACCAUAAGCAGAAUUAUAGGACUGUCCAGGCUACCCUUGGAUGAUCCAUGGAGUGUGUUACGCCUUCUCUGUCCUGACAUGGGCGUGUGUGUGGUCACCUUGACAACAAUCGUCCUCUGCAGCAGAUUGGUCAGGAACAGAGAAAUGGUGGCUGCCGCCAACAUUACAUCGCUUGAAGAUGGUUCAACAGAAAAAAACAUAGAUGAUGAUGAGGAGGAGGAGGAGGAGGAGAAGGAGGAGGAGGUGGAUGAACCAUCAGGAGAUGAAGAACGAUCAGGAGAUGAAGAUGAAGAAGAAAGGCCCCUCCCUGGCGACCCUGAUGAGGAGGUUUCCACAGCAACCAGAGCCAAGCAGCUGGCUGAGCGUCUGAAGAGCAAAGCUCGGAAACUUCUUCGGGACUUGGGGAAAAUCUUGGCCAUCGGCUUGCUGGCUUUGGCUGGCAUCACGCUGCCCUCGGCCUUCUCAGCCGUCUACUUCCUGCUUUUCAUCGGCGUGUGCACGUGGUGGGCGUGCCACCUUCCCAUCAGUCACCUGGGUUUCAAUGCACUGUGUGUGAUGGUGGGCUUCUUCACUGCUGGUCACAUGGUUUGUCUGUACGUGUACCAGAGUCUGCUGGCCCAGGCCCUGUUCCCUCCACACAGUCUGUGGGCCAGACUCUUUGGUCUGAAGGCCAUCAUCAUAACAGGAAACUGCUCCUCACCCUAUGACCUGAACCUGAAUGCGGAUCAUGAUUGGCCAGUUUACGUCAACCCGGGAAUACUGUUUCUCCUCUACAUUACCAUAACAACAGUUAUCAAGACAGGGUAUCAUGGAACACCUAACCAGCAGGUCGAGGAGAAAAUAGAAGAGGAGGAGAUUGUAAGGUUACGGUCAUGGAACCAACAGACACAUGAUUAUGAAGAUGACACACAGCUCAUGCUGCUGUCGAUGGGCUCAGAAAGCAGCAGAGGAGGAACGAUGGCUGGAGAGAAGGAGCCGGAUCCGGGUGCUCAAGGAGCCCCCAGUGGCUCUCAACAGAGUGAAAGCCCGUUUUUCAUGCUGGGGAAGGUGGUGAUGCAGCAGAGCUACGUCUGUGCUCUCAUCGCCAUGAUGGUUUGGAGCAUCACAUACCACAGCUGGCUGACCUUUGUGCUGCUGCUGUGGGCGUGUCUCAUCUGGAUGCUGCGUGCCAGACGGCACGCCGCCACCCUGUGCUCUCCCUUCAUCCUGCUCUAUGGCCUGGCUCUGUGCUGUCUGCAGUACGUCUGGGCCAUGGAGCUGCAGCCCGAGCUGCCCACCACUGUGGGCACCAUGAGCCUCAGACAACUGGGACUAGACAGAGCCCAGCACCCCUGUUUGAGACUGGGAGCUAUGCUCUUGUUUACUUUGACCUUCUGGCUGUUAGUACGUCAAUCAGUGAAGGAAAACUUCACCAGGAAGAAGAAAAUGACCACACCCCUACAGGAGGUCACGACAGGAGAGGGGGCUGGUGAGGAGUCAGUGCUCAAGGUUCUGGGAGGCAUGUUGAUGAGCAGUCAUGCCAAAUACUGGAUCUAUGUGUGUGGAGGGAUGUUCAUCAUGGUGUCCUUUGCUGGAAAACUGGUCGGAUACAAAAUCAUCUACAUGCUGCUGUUCCUCCUCUGCCUCUGCCUCUAUCAGGUGUACUAUUCUCUGUGGAGACGUCUGUUGAAGCUCUUCUGGUGGCUUGUUGUCGCCUACACGAUGCUGGUGCUGAUCUGCAUCUACACUUACCAGUUUGAAGACUUCCCCGGAUACUGGAGAAACUGUACUGGUUUUACUGAAGAACAGUUGGCAGCGAUUGGUCUGGAGACGUUUGCUCUGUCUGAACUCUUCAGCAGUAUUCUGAUCCCCGGCUUCUUCCUGUUGGCCUGUAUUCUGCAGCUGCACUACUUCCACAAGCCCUUCAUGAGGAUCACUGACCUGGAGCAUGUUACACCGAUAGACAAGAAGAAGCACAGUGAGAGGACGGAGCGGAUUGGCUCCGGUCAUGUGGGAAUGAACUUUGAAGAGGAAGACCUCUUGACGAACAUUGAUGAGGAACCUGAAGACGAAGGUGAAAAAACAACAGUGGAGUUGAUGUCCAGUAAGUGGGGCUUGGUGAUGGACAGGUUGUUGGUGCUGUCCAGACGCUUCUCUGACACUCUCACACAAAUUCAAAUGUUUCUCUGGAGGCUUCUGGAGCUCCACAUCCUCAAGAUGGUGGCCUUCUUCUCCAUGUGGGUUUCACUCGAAGAGCCAUCUGUCAUGAACCUGGUCUUGGUGGUGCUGUGGUCUCUGGCGAUGCCCUACAGUCGCUUCGGGCCCAUGGCUUCCUGUCUGUCAACAGUCUGGGUGUGUGUCAUCAUCGUGUGUAAGAUGCUGUACCAGCUCAGUGUCGUCAACCCCGUUGAGUACUCCAGUAACUGCAGCCUGCCUUUAACAAAUGAAACCAACCUGCUACCAGAAGAGAUGAUGAACUCCUCUCUGUACCAGGAGCCGGUGGACCCAGCCAAAUGGUUCGGCAUCAGGAAAGAUGCCACAGUACUGGGGUACAGCAAGAAUCACUUAAUAGUGCUGAUGUUGUUGGUUUUUGAGGCGACGGUGAAUCGUCACCAGACUCACCACUACCGCCAGCUCCAACGGUCUCCGCCCGCCAUCCCGGCUCUGUUCCCUGCUGCCACCAGGGACACUCUAGACCAGGGCCUCAUACCUUGCCUCAAGUACUUGCUCAACUACACCUUCUACAAGUUUGGAUUAGAGAUUUGUUUCCUGAUGACGGUGAAUGUGAUUGGCCAGCGGAUGAACUUCUUGGUGAUAAUCCAUGGAUGUUGGUUGGUAGCCAUCUUGGUGAGGCGGCGGCGGGCAGCUAUUGCCAGGAUCUGGCCCAAAUACUGUCUCUUUCUGUCCAUCUUCAUGAUCUACCAGUACCUCCUGUGUGUGGGCAUGCCGCCUGCUCUCUGCAUAGACUACCCAUGGCGGUGGAACACUCCGGUGUUGAUAAACUCAGCUCUCGUUAAAUGGAUCUUCCUGCCGGACUUCUACACUGUGCCAAACUCCAAAAACCUCAUAGCGGACUUUGUGCUGCUGAUGUGUGCGUCCCAGCAGUGGAAGGUGUUUGAGUGUGAGCACACAGAGGAGUGGAUGGUUCUGGCAGGAGAGAACACAGAUGACCCUGAGCCAAUGAAAGGUCGACUAUUUAACCCCGCACCCAACUUCAUCAACUGCAGGAGUUACCUGGACAUGGCUAAAGUGCUGGUGUUUCGCCACCUCUUCUGGUUUGUGCUGUCCGUGGUCUUCAUCACCGGUGCCACCAGAAUCUCUGUGUUUGGAUUGGGCUACCUUCUGGCCUGCUUCUUUUUUCUGCUGUUCGGGACCAAGCUGCUGGUCAAAUCAUCCAGAACCCGCCUCGCCCUGUGGGACUGUCUCAUCAUCUACAACGUGGCAGUCAUUGUAUCCAAAAAUAUGUUAUCGAUCCUGGCAUGUGUGUUUGUGUUUGAGAUGCAGAAGGGCUUCUGUUGGGUGAUUCAACUCUUCAGCCUGGUUUGCACGGUCAAAGGAUACUAUGACCCAAACGCAGUGAGUGACAAGACCUGCAGCCUCCCGGUAGAAGAGGCCGGGGUCAUCUGGGACAGUAUCUGUUUUCUGUUUCUGUUGCUGCAGAGGAGGGUCUUCCUCAGUUACUACUUCCUGCAUGUGAUAGCAGAGCUGCAGGCUUCUGCCAAACAGGCCUCAAGGGGGUUUGGGCUCUUCAGAGCCAGUAUCGUGAAGAACAUUAAGUUCCACCAGCAAGCUGAGAGGAAAUCCCUGUCUCAGCUCAAGAGAUCGAUGCAGAGAAUUCGUGCCAAGCAGCAGAAGCAUAGAGAUGGACACAAAACAAGUGAAGAUUCUAACGAGAGUCAGAAUGCUGAGACCCCGACAAAAAAGAAGAGUUCCAGGAAGAAAAAUUGGUCCCAGCCGUGGUUGGACCAUGCUACAGUGCUCCACUCAGGAGAGUACUACCUGUUUGAAUCAGACAGUGAGGAUGAAGAGGACUCUGAAGAACAAAAGCCCCAAAAACAGACUGCCUGUCAGUUGGCGUACCUGGCGUGGGUGACCAGUGUGAAAACAGCUUUGAAAGAACGUCAGAGACACCAACACCAUUUGAGAAGGAUUGAGAGAAAAGAGAAAGAGAGAGAAGCAAGAGUUGAUUCACAACCGGAAGCUUUUUCAGCUCUAGGUUGUGGGGAAAAUGAUGUGUUUGAGGACCCUGGCCUUCAAGCAGAGGAGCCAGAAGAAAAGGAGUCCAGUCACGGCAAGAUGGUUCAGAGGAUCUUGAAUAUCCUGCACUUAUUACUGGCCAUAGUUCUGGCGAUUGUAGAUGGACUGACUCAGUGGCUCAACCUGCUGACUAAACAGUACAGAGAGACAUCGACUGUUCUGUGCAAUGAGCGCUACUUCAUCUUACACAAGAUACAGCAGCAUCAUACAACAGCAGACUCCACAGACGACCAGGUAUCUCAGGGCAGUGAGAGUCCCACACUGGACACUUGUUUGGAUGAGACUGAUGCCGACUCCACCGGACACAGCUGCCUCAAGGGGGAUAGCAGGGGUGCGACAGACCGCUCUACCCCCAAGCCAAGGCUCAACAGCAUUGGAAACCUCUUGAGUCCAGAAGAAUCCCCAUCCAGCAGCAUGGCGCUCGUACCGGCACCAUCCAAACAACAACACAGACACUCAAGAACAGCCAGCGAGCUUCUGGGAGAAAGGCAGUUCUUCAUUGAGGAGCUAGAACAGAGCAGAGAGUUCUACAACAACCAGAGCCGCCUGCUGAAGCUGCUGUUUGCCAUGUACAACCUGCUGGCAGCCAACUCAGAGCUGGUCUGCUAUUUCAUCAUCGUGUUGAACAACGCGGUCAGCGCCUCCGUGAUAUCCCUGGCUCUCCCCAUCCUGGUGUUCCUAUGGGCGAUGCUGGCUGUUCCAAGACCAACCAAGAAGUUUUGGAUGACUGCUAUCGUCUACACAGAGGUGAUGGUGGUGGUGAAAUACCUUUUCCAGUUUGGAUUCUUUCCCUGGAACAGUGUUCACGAGAUGACUUUAAAUGAAGACAAACCUUUCUUCCCGCCUCGCAUCCUGGGCCUGGAGAAGAUUGACAAUUACAUCAGAUAUGAUCUUCUUCAGCUGCUGGCUCUGUUUUUUCACAGGUCCCUUCUCAUGCGCUAUGGCCUGUGGGACCACGAAGGCCCCCUGGAGGAGCAGAGCCCCUCACCAGAAAGUUGUAAGGAUGAAGGGAAAAAUAUAGAAGGAGAUGAAGAUGGAAGGAAGAAGGAGGGCAGAGGGGAAGAGGAGGAGAACAGAGUUAGCUCAACAUCCACCCUGGACAACCUGGAAAUUAGUGAACUGGACCAACUUGAAAAGGAUAUGGUUGACGAUGCGGAACCGAGUACCAGCUCUGCUGAACCAGCAGCCAGUGGGUCAAACGAUGGGCAUGAAACUCCGUCCGGGCUGAAGGACAGCUCGGAUCCUCCCGGCAGACCGAGGGAGGAUAAGACGGUCGGAGACGAUGAGCAGGAGGCCAAGGAAGUCCCGAAGAAAAGCAGCAGUCUCCGCUUCCGCAUGAAACCUAAAAAAGACAAACAACGACACAGCAAAGUGGAGCCCACAGUUGAGACUGCAGAGCCCUGUGCAGCAGAACCAGUGAAGAAGGAGCAGAAAGGCAGCCGGAGAGAGGCUGCCAGUCGGAGAUUGCUGGCGGUGGGAGACAAGAUCAAACAAGUCCUCCUCUCCGGUAUUCAGAGUGUUUACAGGCCAACGCAGGGCUUCUUCAGGGGUAUUCUCCAUGCCGAGUAUCGGACUGCCACAGAUGUUUAUGCAUUCAUGUUCCUGACUGAUGUCGUUGACUUCAUCAUCAUCAUCUUUGGCUUUUGGGCUUUUGGGAAACACAGUGCAGCAGCUGAUAUAGCCUCCACCCUUUCAGAGGACCAAGUUCCAGAGGCCUUCCUAGUGAUGCUGCUCCUUCAGUUCAGCACCAUGAUCAUCGACAGAGCCUUGUACCUGCGCAAGGCUGUCUUUGGAAAACUCAUCUUCCAGGUGAUUCUUGUGUUUGGGAUCCACCUGUGGAUGUUCUUCAUCUUGCCUGCUGUCACUGAAAGGAAGUUCAAUCAGAACUUUGUGGCCCAGCUUUGGUACUUUGUCAAGUGUAUUUACUUCGGCCUGUCAGCCUAUCAGAUCCGCUGUGGAUACCCCACUCGUAUCCUUGGGAAUAUCCUCACCAAGAAAUACAACCAUCUCAACCUCUUUCUCUUCCAAGGGUUCCGUCUGGUGCCAUUCCUAGUGGAGCUGCGAGCGGUGAUGGAUUGGGUUUGGACUGACACCACGCUGUCUCUGUCAAACUGGAUCUGUGUGGAGGAUAUUUAUGCCAACAUCUUCAUCAUCAAAUGCAGCCGUGAGACAGAGAAGAGAUACCCACAGCCCAAAGGACAAAAGAAGAAGAAGAUAGUGAAAUAUGGCAUGGGUGGACUCAUCAUCUUCUUCUUGAUCUGCAUCAUCUGGUUUCCCCUUCUCUUCAUUUCAUUGGUCAGAUCAGUUGUGGGUGUGGUCAAUCACCCCAUUGAUGUCACUGUGACUGUCAAGUUGGGAGGAUAUGAGUCCCUGUUCACCAUGAGUGUGCAACAGCAGUCCAUCCAGCCCUUUACACAGGUUGAAUAUGACCAACUCACCCACCACUUUGGAGACAAUGCGGUAGCCAUGCAGUUCAUCACACUCUACGGUUAUGAGGAUAUUGUGACGGCCAUGGUUGAAGGAAGUUCAGGAUCCGUAUGGAGGAUCAGCCCUCCGAGCAGACAGGAAGUAAUUAAAGAACUACUUGGAAGUCCUGUUCACCUCACACUACGCCUGGCCUGGACUUUCCAGAGAGACUUAGGUAAAGGAGGGACGGUGGAACACACGUUUGACAAACACUCUAUAGACCUGGAACCUGGAAACCCAGUCCGAGCAGAUCUGGCCUCACUACUGGUUGGCAAUCGCAGCGAGCCUGUGCAUGUUCCUCAUAUGAUCCCGAACUACAUCCGUGCCCCCAAUGGAGCAGAGGCCAAACCAGUCAAUCAACUUUAUAAAGGUGAAGAUGGUUACCUGAAUAUAACCCUGUCCCUGAAGAGUGACAGGUCACUGAAUGGCAGUGGGAACCAGGAGUGGUGGGACAUUGCCAUUGCAGGUUGUGCGUCCUCCUCAUGUGGGGUUUUGCCCAUCGUCAUAUUCAAUGACAAAGUCAGUCCACCCAGCCUGGGUUUCCUGGCUGGAUAUGGGAUCAUGGGUCUUUAUGUGUCUGUGGUUUUAGUCAUUGGAAAGUUUGUACGUGGCUUCUCCAGUGAGAUCUCCCAUUCCAUCAUGUUUGAGGAGCUGCCCUGUGUGGACCGCGUCCUGAAGCUCUGCACAGACAUCUUUCUGGUGCGUGAGACAGGAGAGCUGGAGCUAGAAGAGGAGCUGUACUCCAAACUGAUCUUCCUCUAUCGAUCCCCAGAGACUAUGAUUAAAUGGACCCGGAACAUGCACAGCCGAGAACAUAACAGAUACUGACUGACUGCCAGCAGAUGACAUUAUGUUUGGUUGUAAUACCACACAUACAGUGAAAUCUGAAGCACAUUGUUAGGAUGUCAAGAGCUCAGCCCAGGGGAGGCUUCUUGAGAAUACUCCAGACUGGACAUUGUCUUACAGAGACAAACAAAAGGAGAUGUACACUAGUGGACGUACUGUAUGAAACACCUGCAGUUGCUAGACACCUGUUGCUGUUCUCCACAGCUACCUGAGCACUUUCAUCAAACCACCUCUCACUACAGACUAUUGGGAGUGCUAUUGCAGUUCCACUGUAGACAAAGCAGCUGGAAGUCUGUCCUGCAGGAUUUUGGACAUGCAAAAAUGUUCCUGGAAGACGCAGUUAGCCGUCAAAUCAAGCCGCGCUGAUGGUCACGAGUCAACGGGUCAAGAGACACCUCAUUCAUGACCUCUGUGUAUUUGAGCCGACCACAUGAAGAGACUGUGGCUAAAACCUGAAAUUAAUUGUCGGUUGAACCAUCGGCAAAAACUGUCCCGGUAUGACGAUUGAUUUGAUGGCAUAUACCAUGCUGUCACCCACACCAGAGGGAGGUUUGAUUACUUUGGAAGUCUUUUCUUUUUUCUUUUCUUUUCGUUAUGAGUACUUUCACACAGGACGUGAAUAUUACGUGGCUAAAAAGCGUAGCGUUUUAUUUUCUGUAACAAGGCUGAUUUCUCUGAGCUAAUAAAGGCAUAAACCGAUCACGUUUUGUGGAAUUGGUUGAUGAUGCCUGUAUUUAUAAAAAAAACACAGUCUCCGUAGUUCAAUCCGAGUCGGCAAAUUGUGUCACUUCUUUGACAAAGGCAGCGCAGACCAGAUCAACACCUUUCACAAAAAGUGCCCUCUACAUAAAUAUUCGCAGGCGAGUAUUUCACAUUUCUGUGUCGUUUAUUCAUCAUGUGUAAAAGACCUUUCUAAAUAUUUUUUUAACCAAUAUUCUUUGGAAAAGCAACGUCCUGUUUGUUUGAUUUCACAUCAGAACAGGUCUGAUUCAAAGCAACGUUUUAGUUUUUUAUUUCCCUUGACAUAGAAAAAUUCUGAAUUUGAACGAAUCCAAAGCAGCUCUUUCAGUUCCCAGACACCUCAGGCAAAGGAAUGAAGAUAUUGUGGCAUAAACACUAAACUUCCAAGUAAAAAAAUAAUGUUUGUCCUUAUUGUGUUUUGUCACAUACCUGAUAAUCUUAAAAUAAAUCAAACUCAUUGUCUGAAGUUAGCCUUUUGCAGAUUGUGAAUUAAAGAAAUCUGAUAAAAUGAACACAAUUAAUUUAGAAACAGGUCGGACACUUACAGAUUACAUUCAAUGAUGACAAUAAAUUACAAAUGGUUUAAUGGA